GGCUGCGGCGGCGGCGGCGGCAGCGCCUCUCCGAGCCCGGAGCGGCGGCAGCGCGGAGCGGACCCGCCUGCGACCAGCGAGGCGAGGCGGCUGCGGCGGGUUUUAAAACCGUGAAAUCAUGGCUCAUUCAAAGACGAGAGCCAAUGAUGGAAAAAUCACAUAUCCUCCAGGAGUCAAAGAAAUCUCUGAUAAAAUAUCUAAAGAAGAGAUGGUGAGAAGGCUAAAGAUGGUUGUGAAAACUUUCAUGGAUAUGGACCAGGACUCUGAAGAAGAAAAGGAGCUCUACCUAAAUCUUGCUUUACAUCUUGCUUCAGAUUUUUUCCUCAAACAUCCUGAUAAGGAUGUGCGUUUGUUGGUAGCAUGUUGUCUUGCCGAUAUUUUCAGAAUUUAUGCCCCUGAAGCUCCAUACACUUCACCGGAUAAACUGAAGGAUAUAUUUAUGUUCAUAACAAGGCAACUUAAAGGUUUAGAAGAUACAAAAAGCCCCCAGUUCAAUCGAUACUUUUAUUUGCUUGAGAACAUUGCUUGGGUCAAGUCUUAUAACAUAUGCUUUGAAUUAGAGGACAGCAAUGAGAUUUUUACCCAGCUGUAUAGAACGCUCUUUUCAGUAAUAAACAAUGGUCAUAACCAAAAAGUACACAUGCACAUGGUUGAUCUAAUGAGCUCUAUCAUUUGUGAGGGAGAUACUGUGUCACAGGAACUUUUGGAUACAGUGUUAGUUAAUCUAGUGCCAGCACAUAAGAAUUUAAACAAGCAAGCCUAUGAUUUGGCAAAAGCUUUACUAAAGAGGACGGCACAAGCAAUUGAGCCAUACAUUACUAAUUUCUUCAAUCAAGUCCUCAUGCUUGGUAAAACAUCAAUUAGUGACCUGUCAGAGCAUGUAUUUGAUUUGAUUUUGGAGUUAUACAAUAUUGACAGUCACCUCUUGCUUUCUGUACUACCACAACUCGAAUUCAAACUUAAGAGCAAUGACAACGAAGAACGUCUGCAGGUUGUAAAACUUCUAGCAAAAAUGUUUGGGGCAAAGGAUUCCGAGUUGGCGUCUCAAAACAAACCACUUUGGCAGUGCUACCUGGGGAGGUUUAAUGAUAUCCAUGUACCUAUUCGCCUUGAGUGUGUCAAAUUUGCAAGUCACUGCCUUAUGAACCACCCCGAUCUGGCAAAGGACUUAACAGAAUAUCUGAAAGUAAGGUCACAUGAUCCUGAGGAGGCCAUACGGCAUGAUGUUAUAGUAUCCAUAGUUACUGCUGCUAAAAAAGAUCUUCUGCUUGUCAAUGAUCACCUGCUAAAUUUCGUCAGAGAAAGGACACUGGACAAGCGGUGGAGAGUGAGGAAGGAAGCUAUGAUGGGACUUGCACAGAUAUACAAGAAAUAUUCAUUGCAAUCAGAAGCAGGAAAAGAAGCUGCAAAACAGAUAUCAUGGAUCAAAGACAAACUUCUGCAUAUAUAUUAUCAAAACAGCAUUGAUGACCGGUUACUUGUUGAACGCAUUUUUGCUCAGUACAUGGUCCCUCAUAACUUGGAAACAAACGAACGGAUGAAGUGUUUGUAUUACCUUUAUGCAACACUGGAUUCAAAUGCUGUGAAAGCAUUGAAUGAAAUGUGGAAAUGUCAAAAUCUGCUACGACAUCAAGUAAAGGAUUUAGUUGAUCUAAUAAAACAACCCAAAACAGAUGCCAGCAGUAAAGCUAUAUUCUCAAAAGUGAUGGUUAUAACAAGAAACCUUCCUGAUCCAGGGAAAGCUCAAGAUUUCAUGAAAAAGUUCACACAAGUUCUAGAAGAUGAUGAAAAAAUAAGAAGUCAGUUAGAAAUGCUUGUUAGCCCAACAUGUUCUUGCAAACAGGCUGAAGGAUGUGUGAGGGAAAUAACAAAGAAGUUGGGCAAUCCAAAGCAACCAACAAAUCCUUUCCUGGAAAUGAUAAAGUUUCUUCUUGAGAGAAUUGCUCCUGUGCACAUUGAUACUGAAUCCAUCAGUGCCCUUAUCAAACAAGUGAACAAGUCUAUAGAUGGAACAGCUGAUGAUGAAGAUGAGGGUGUACCUACUGACCAGGCAAUCAGAGCAGGUCUUGAAUUGCUGAAGGUACUUUCGUUUACGCACCCUAUCUCAUUUCAUUCAGCUGAAACUUUUGAAUCUCUCCUUGCUUGCUUGAAAAUGGAUGAUGAAAAAGUGGCAGAAGCUGCAUUACAAAUUUUCAAAAAUACAGGAAGUAAAAUUGAAGAAGACUUUCCUCACAUACGAUCUGCUUUGCUUCCAGUGUUGCACCAUAAAGCUAAGAAGGGACCCCCUCGUCAAGCCAAGUAUGCUAUUCACUGCAUCCAUGCAAUAUUUUCCAGCAAAGAAACGCAGUUUGCACAGAUAUUUGAGCCACUGCAUAAAAGUCUGGAUCCAAGCAAUUUUGAGCACCUCAUUACGCCAUUGGUUACUAUUGGCCAUAUAGCCAUGCUUGCACCUGACCAAUUUGCUGCCCCUUUGAAAUCUUUGGUUGCUACUUUUAUUGUUAAAGAUUUGCUAAUGAAUGAUAGGCUUCCAGGAAAAAAGACAACAAAACUUUGGGUCCCAGAUGAAGAAGUGUCUCCUGAAACCCUUGUUAAAAUUCAGGCCAUCAAGAUGAUGGUUCGAUGGUUGCUAGGAAUGAAGAACAACCACAGCAAGUCAGGUACUUCUACUCUGAGACUGCUAACAACAAUAUUACACAGUGAUGGAGACUUAACAGAGCAGGGGAAAAUAAGUAAACCUGACAUGUCUCGCUUGAGGCUGGCUGCUGGGAAUGCUAUUGUGAAGCUGGCACAAGAACCUUGUUACCACGAAAUCAUCACCUUAGAACAGUACCAACUGUGUGCACUAGCCAUAAAUGAUGAAUGUUACCAAGUGAGACAAAUAUUUGCUCAGAAGCUUCACAAAGGCCUUUCUAGACUACGGCUGCCACUAGAAUAUAUGGCUAUUUGUGCACUGUGUGCAAAAGAUCCCGUGAAAGAGAGAAGAGCUCAUGCUAGGCAGUGCCUUGUGAAGAACAUAAAUGUCAGAAGGGAAUAUCUGAAGCAACAUGCAGCAGUUAGUGAGAAACUGUUGUCACUUCUACCAGAGUAUGUUGUUCCUUAUACUAUCCAUCUUCUAGCUCAUGACCCAGAUUAUGUCAAAGUCCAGGACAUUGAGCAACUCAAGGACAUUAAAGAGUGCCUGUGGUUCAUACUGGAAAUAUUAAUGGCUAAAAAUGAAAACAACAGUCAUGCCUUUAUCAGAAAAAUGGUAGAAAAUAUCAAACAGACUAAGGAUGCUCAAGGACCAGAUGAUCAAAAAAUGAAUGAAAAACUAUAUACAGUCUGUGAUGUAGCAAUGAAUAUCAUUAUGUCAAAGAGUACAACAUACAGUUUGGAAUCCCCUAAAGACCCUGUACUUCCAGCCAGAUAUUUUACUCAACCUGACAAGAAUUUCAGUAACACCAAAAAUUAUCUUCCUCCGGAAAUGAAGUCUUUUUUCACCCCUGGAAAGCCCAAAGCAGCCAAUGUUCUUGGAGCAGUUAAUAAGCCUCUUUCGUCAGCAGGCAAGCAGUCUCAAUCCAAAUCUUCACGAAUGGAAACUGUAAGCAAUGCCAGCAGCAGUUCAAAUCCAAGCUCUCCGGGAAGGAUCAAAGGGAGGCUUGACAGUACUGAAAUGGACCACAGUGAAAAUGAAGAAUUCACACUGGCUUCACCCUUACCAGGAAAGAAAACUGACAAAAGGGACGACUCUGAUCUUGUAAGGUCAGAGUUGGAGAAGCCUAGAGGAAGGAAGAAAGCCACUAUCACAGAUUCAGAAGAAAAGCUAAGCAUAGAUGACCUGAAUAAAGUGGGUCAAGAGCAGAAGCUUAGAGGUAGUCAACGGGGAAGGAAGAGACCUGCAGUUGUAUCAGAAGCUGAUGAAACACAAUGGCAAGAGGAAAAAAGGCUAAAAGAAGAUGUGAUAGAAAGUGAGGAUGAACAGAACAGUCCACCAAAGAAAGGGAGGAGAGGACGCCCUACCAGAACAAAUAAUGGGACAGCACCAAAGGAAGAACCAGUGGCAAAGUCAUCAAAAAGGAGCAAAAAAAAACAACCGCCAGCAGCUGCAGUGGAAGAGGAGGAGGAGGAGGAAGAAAGGCAAACUGAAAAUAUUGAACAAAAACCAAAAGGCAGGCAAAACAGGACAUCAAAAAGAACACAGCAGAGAGCAGAACCAUCUGAAACUAGUACAGUUGAAUCAGCACAGUCUACGCCACAGAAAAGACGAGGAAGGUCAUCACAAACACCACCAGCACAGCAAAAAAAAGUCCGUGCAGGGCGUUCCAAACAAGCAGCCAGUAAAGAGAAUGAAUCCAGUGAAGAGAUGGAUGUGUUUCAGAGCAGUUCACCUGUCAGUGAUGAUAUUCCCCAGGAAGAAGUAAUGGAAGAAGAGGAAGUUUCCACAAUCAAUGUCCGUCGCAGAACUUCCAAAAGGGAAAGACGAUGAGUGAGCAUGUAGUUACCAGCCUUCCAGGUGAAAGCUUUGAAGAAUGCUUUUAAUAUAAAGCUUGAGACUGAAUGAAGCUGUUAGUGCACAAAUGGGGUUGCUGAAGAGAAGACAAAACCUAUUUUACUGCCCCUGCAUUUUCAGUCCCUAGGUCACAAGCUUUAGCCACACACAUGUUGAUAUCAUUAACUGUGGAUUUUUGUGAAGUGUAAUGUGCGCUGGCUUUGUAGACAUAUGAACUAAAGAAGAAAACUGUAAAUAGUUCUUUUUUUAAUGUUUCUGACUUAUAAAGUGCUUGUAUAGCUUUUAUCUGCGGCUUUAAACUGACAGUACCCCACUGUUUAUUGGAUCGAUUGAUUUAAAAAAAGAACAGAGUUUGUUGAAAAUUGAUCUCAAGCAAUAUCUGUCAGUGUUCGUAUUUGUACUCUUGUUGACAUUUAACUGUGAAAAACAAGUCAGUUGAACAAAUAGUGCCACAUUCUUUUGCCACUAUUUGUCGAGGAGAAGAAGAAGAAGAAAAAACAGUCUUUGUGUCCUUCAUGAAUAUAACCUAGUGUUUACCUUCAGGCACCUACCUAUCAUCAGAGGUGCUAAAUUAUUUUCUUUUACAGUUGAACAAUAUUGGAUAGAAUAAUACAAGACAUGCAAAUUUGGAAAGAAGUUUUGUUUUACACCUCAGUAUUGAUGCCAGACUUUUCUGGACUUGUAGUGGCAUUGAAAAUUCAAAAAGGAUUUAAAAUACUUUAAUUUUAAAAGUGUGUUAUUAAAUAAUGUACUGAAUACCCUACCCAUUUUAUCUUCCCCUAUCAGUUUUUAUUAAUCUACUGUAUCAAUAAAAUUCUGUAACUGAGUUUUUAAUAGUCUAGUAUGUUAAUGUGUAUAGAUAUUUCCUUCUGAACAUGAUGUUCACAAAGAGCAAAUUAUUACUACGUUAUAAUAUGAAAUCUGAUAUAUAAACAUUAGUGAAAAUACAGUUCUUAUUACAAUGUAAAGUUAAUCACAAAGAGAAAUUUUAUUGAUGCAGUGUGUCUUUAUAAAGCUGUUCUUGAGAGCCAAGUGUUUUGUAUUUUAUAGUGAAGUUGCAUGUUUAUGACAAAUGUGCUGAAAAUGGGAUGUAAUGUUUUUUUUUGAAACUCGUAUCUAGCAGUAGUAUAUGGUAGGUUGUCUCAUGAGAGAUCCUUUUAUUGAGAGUUUAUUGUACCUUCUGUUUUGUUUUUGAUUUUUGAGCCAAAUUUUUUUGGUAUGAAGAGCUAAGUUUUUUGUUGAAUAACCAGCUGUCAAUUAUUAUGGUCAAGGUAUUCAAGAUUUGAAUGAAGCUUCGUUUUUAUUUUGUGCUACAAUAGAGAGAGGUUGGUUUGUGUUGGGGCUUUUUUUGUUUUGUUUGGAGGUUUUGUUUUGUUUUGUUUCGGUUUUUUUUUUGUGGGUUUUUUUUUUUUUUUUAGUUAUAAUCUGUAAAAAAAAAAACAACAAAAGAAACAAAAUACAUAGAGCAGUAUCCUGUAUACAGUUUAACAGUUUACAAACUGUCUUUGAACCAAAAUAUAUCAGUUGUUAUACUCUGCUUAGCCAAGCACACAUCAUAAUUUCAGGUGCUGUUCUGCCUCUGGUUCCCUACAGUUGACAACAUGUGAAAAAUAAAUUUCUAACCUAAGAAAAUUUUAUUUCACUGAAUAAUGGAGCAUUUUCACAUAAUCCAUCAUUAAAUAAGUUAUUGUUGCAAGGUUGCCUGUAAAGAUUAUAGGAAAGGAUAAUACUAAACCACAAAUCCACCAAUUUCCAAACUGUAAGAUCACUAAUAAAACAAGAAACCCUUAGAAUUUUUUUCAUUAUUCAUUUUUUUUGGUACCACUAGGAAAAAGUAUUAUAAUAAUUAGAUUAUUCUGCCUCAUCUUAACUUUCCCCCCUCUUCCAGUAUUCAGCUUUUCACAUUUAUAUCUAUAGAUGUGGGGGAAAUGCUGACUAGAAAGGCAGUUUAUGGUUGAUGUGAAUUGACUUUGAAAUAGUUGGCACAACAGAACUGGCUUACUUAUGCUUCAGCAGUGCAAAUGCAAGUUGUUGAGGGUUUUUUAUGGUAUAAAAUGAUUGAAAGCUAACUUUGUAUUUUCCUCUUUGACAGAAUUGCACUGAAAACAUUUAUGGAAGAUGUACCUUUAAGUCAAUUUUAUAAAAAAAUAUGAAAAAGUAAUGCUGAAACUGCUGCAGACUCUUGAGGCUUUAUGUGCAUAAACAUGGUUAGGUUAAACUUCAUGGAAUAUUGAUGCACCAUUACUGAUCAUAAUGUUUAUUGUAAAUUUAAACUAUAGUUUUGCAAUUUAAAUGUUGAUUUCUUGGGUAAUAAUGUGUAAAUCAUUAUUUCUUGAGAAAUAGGCACAGCAAAUAUGUCAUUCUUGUAUUCAAACCUCUUCUAAGUUCAUUCUCAUCUCAUAUAAAGAAAAUGAAUAUUUUAUGUACUAACAUUUUGAGAUCUGCAUACAUAGCUACAGUAGUUUAUAAUUAUGUAUAAAAGAUAAAUUGCUAACAUUCAGUUAGCAUGCUCUUCUGCAAUGAUAAUGUUAAGUUUAUAAAAAUGUAUUGUAUUACAUUAAAAGAUCAAAUUGAA